ACGUGACUUUAUGUAUGCUGUCGCCAUUUUAAAUUCAGAAGACACCCCUCAGAAUUCUUUUUUUUCAUUACAGACUAAGUAUUAUUCGUAGAAAUAAAUAAGAGAUAUUAGAAUUAUUGUUUCAAAAUGGCUGGGCAAAGUGUGAUGGACCGAGUACAAGCUGUAAGACACAGCUUAGCCGGCCAAGGUUUAGCAAAAUCGGUUUGUAAAGCUACAACUGAAGAAAUAAUGGGUCCGAAAAAGAAACAUUUAGAUUACCUAGUAAAUUGUACGAAUGAGCCGAAUGUGUCCAUUCCGAAUCUAGCGAAUCUACUUAUUGAUAGAACAUCUCAUGCGAGUUGGGUCGUUGUGUUUAAGUCUCUAGUAACAAUCCAUAACAUAAUGAACUUCGGAAACGAAAGAUUCACACAAUACUUAGCCUCGAAUAAUUGUACAUUCAAUCUGUCAAACUUCCUCGAUAAAGCAGCGGCGCAGGGAUACGACAUGUCAACGUUUGUAAGAAGAUACGCUAAAUACUUGAGUGAAAAAUGUGUCUCGUACCGUCAUAUGGCGUUUGAUUUUUGUAAAGUGAAACGAGGGUAAUUUUUAUUACAGUCGAAUCUCUUUAUAACACAAUCCCGCUUAUAUUGAACCUAGACACUUGCUAAAACUUUACUCAAUUCCUAAUUUCUCCAAACUCGAAGCAUUCUGAUAAAAAUUUGUAAAAAAAAUAUCAGAUUAGUUAUGGCUCGGUUCGAUUGUGUUACCACGCUUAUUUUCUGUAUUAGAAUAUUCUAUAUUGUUUCAACAGAAAAGAUGAUGGAUUAUUACGUAAGAUGGCAACCGAGAAAUUAUUAAAGUCGCUACCUGUUUUACAAAGUCAGAUUGAUGCUUUACUCGAAUUUGACUGCUCUCCCAAUGAAUUAAGCAACGGAGUCAUAAAUGCUUCUUUUAUGCUUCUUUUUAAAGACCUUAUUAGGUUAUUCGCAUGCUACAACGAUGGUAUUAUUAAUUUACUGGAGAAGUACUUUGAAAUGAACAAGAAACAAUGUAAACAAGCAUUGGAUAUAUACAAAAAAUUCGUCGCUCGAAUGGAUAAUGUUGCUAAAUUUUUGAAAACAGCUGAGAAUAUGGGAAUAGAUAAAGGAGAAAUACCUGAUUUAGCAAAGGCUCCCUCGUCACUCCUAGAGGCCCUCGAGCAACACUUGGCCAGUCUUGAGGGAAAGAAAGGAGUGAAAACAACAACCAACGCUGCUGUUGUUUCAUCAGCUAUAUCAACAAUGACGAGCAAUUCGUCCAAUCUUACGAAUGAAGAUAAGCAAAAGUUAAUUGAGGAAGAGAGCAGACAUCUUCAACAAUUAAAAGCUCAACACUCAAAGGAUUCCGAUCCUCCAAGCAUGACAACAGCACCCACAACAGUCCCACAAGCGGCUAAACCAAAUAACCCCGUUAAUUCAGGAGCAUCAAAUGAUUUAAUUGGCUUAGAUGCAUCGGCUAACCCAUUUGGUGGUGUUGACGAUCAGUCUCCUCCUCAAAAAACUACAGCAGGUACGGUGAAUGUGAUGAAUUCGUACGGUGGCUGCACAUCCAUACCGCAAACGUUAUCGACGGAUGAUCAUUUUGCCGCCGUUUUUGGUCAAACAGUUCGUUCGCCGUCUUCAGAAUAUUUGAAUGAAACGGGCGUGACAGCCGCCGCUAAGCCUGCUCCCAGCUCGUCUCCCGCCACUCUUCCUACAACAUCUCCAGUAAAUGCGCCAUCAGGCGUCCCAGCACCUUUACUAGACGCCGCUACGGUGAGCGUUACAUCUUCAGCGCCACCAUCGUCUUCAAUAGAUUUACUCGCCGGAAUGGACUUUAUGGCUAAACCUGCAGUUGUACAACAAGCACAACCGGUUCCUAUUAUGGCUCAGCCGCAACAAACAUCUAUGGCAGCUUUUGAUUCCUUUGGUGGUAACGUAAUGCAGCCGCAACAACAAUCAACUUCUCCUGUUGGUACUGCGUCUCAGCCCACUAUAACACCACAACAUAAGCUAAUAGGCGGCGACUUGGAUUCUAGCUUGGUGUCUUUGGCUGGAAAUUUGAACAUAAACGGGCCAGGAAUGCAGCUAAAGAAAACUGAACAUAACUGGACUGCGGCUAGCGGUCAAAAUAAGCAAUUAACUGGACGAGCUAUGCAACAGCAGCCCUUUAUGCCGAGUUUCCAGCAACCAAAUACAAAUAUGGUGGGUCAAGGUGGCCACAUGGUGAUGUCAAAUGGCAUGCAGCCCCAGGUAUCCGGCAUGUAUGGUCAACAUCAAAUGUUCCCCGUUGGAACACCGCUCAAUAUGUAUAAUAACGGUCCUGCAGUAAUGAAUCAUCCACCAGCAAAUGGUACUCCCUGGCCUGGCCCUCAGAUGCAGCAUCCUAAUAAUUCAAUGAUGAUGGGACAACCUCGUCAGAUGGCACCACCGAAUUAUCAGCAAGCCCAACAGCGACAAAACGUUAACGAUCCUUUCGGCGCCCUCUAG